GCCAAUCAAUUCCAAGCUUAAAAAAACAUCAUCUGUGAAAUCUUACCUUUCGGUGAUCUCUGGUACCAGUUUGUUGAAAACCACUUCCGCGUUGCAUUCGUACCGCCAGGUUCGGUUCGUGUUAUGUGUGCAGUGUUACGCACGGACAGAACCUUGAACAUGACAUGGUUGCAACGCAAGUUUAAGCCACGCUAAAAGUUGUCCAGAGAGCGUGCUUACCUUUCGUCUCUUGGUAGGGCUGGAUCAAACGUUUCGCGAUAUCUUUUUAUUUUUCUGUUACCGUCGCACGCAAGGGAAGGUGUUAGAUAGUACCCCAUUCUUAAAGUUACCUCAUACGAUACGGGUGUAGUCGGUUAGAAUAGCCUGCCCCCGUACUGCGGAACAGAACAUGACAUCGUGCCGAGGGCGUAAGGCGUGUGGCCUCCUUUUUGAAAUUAUGUAUUGCCGUCGGUCCCCGUUGGCCUGCACAGGUGCUCCGUUGGCCCAUGGCUUUCCAGCGCGACCAUUUCCGACCACUUAUGCUAGGCGCAGGUGGAGUAAUGAGUGUGGACGGGAUCUGUUGCUCUUGCCAGCACUUUGCGAAUCGUUGAACUGGUUCGCAAGAUUUACCAUGACGAACGGAAGGUAAGCUAAGCGAACACACGCUGCUCGGGCACAUUGGUCCCUGGAGAACCGGUCUCAGGCGGUGCAGUGACGUUCCCCAGAAACGAUCGCUAUGGGCGCGCGCGCACGGGCUCGUAAUCUGACCACUGCAAUGCACUGACCGCAACAGAGGAGCAGUUACCGUGCGGCCAUAAAUAAAAUCAAUGCCAAUGUCUUUCCCCAUUCGGAUCCGCACGUUCGUGACGUUUGUGUGGGUGCUGUUUGAUUCCCUUUUUUUCGCCUCGUAAAACAAAGAAUUAAAGCUGAACGAUCGCAAACGAGCGGAAAACUCGGUCCAAAGUACAGCGGCUGCCGUUGUGGAUAGUUUUUUUUUAAUAGAAAUUAAUUUACGUUUUCACUCUAGCUGCACCGUUGCACGUUUGCGACAUUGCUCCACCCUGGUGGCAGUGCUGGGGCGAGGCCAUCAGGAAAUCGGAAGAAAGCCAUAAAUACCGGCGACAGCGACCGGUAACGACAAGCAACGCAGAAGUUUCUAAUAAAGUGCAUGAGCUGUUAAUUACAGGCUAUAACGACAAAUCUAAUCACCACGGUGGAUUGUACCUUUCAACUCUUGGUUCUUGGUGCAUACUGGUUCAGUUCGGGUCUCGGUGUUGCCUUUCUGAACUGGAUGUUGUUCUUGGCUUGGAUUUCGCUGUCGGAUGUUUGGACAUUGGACGGAGACUGUCCGAGCGUUUCCGUUGCUACCGUUACAGUAUCGCGCCAUAAUGUGGAUUAUCUCGAUGGGCUUUCAAGCUGUUGGAUAUCCAGCGAAGGUUGUAUAGUUUUAUAUCUCAAUUAUAGAUACCACCGUUCGAAUUAUCUGUCCAGUGAUGGUUUACGACGAGGGCUAUAAAACUGUUCGCAUGUCACCUCGCAACGGUUGCGAAAUCACAUUCGUUCGAUACGUAGCUAACAAAUGCACUGAAAAUGGUGGACCGAUUAUGAAAACGGUCGUAACCGACUAUUUUGUUUGUAUGCCCCGUUCAGUUCGUUUCUGGCAAUCACAGGUGUGUUUUGAUGAUUCAUAAAUGUCCUCCCGCUCCAUCGUAUUAAUCAUGUUACAAAAUUAGUCAAACGAGUAAAUCAAAUUACUCAAUGCAUUAUCAAGUUACAAGAUCGAAUCUGCAAAUUAUCUGAUAGUGUGUGUGUGUCCCUCGUGUACUAUGGCCCCUUUGAUCGAUACAGAACCCGCACACUUGUUGACAGGGCAGCAACGGGGCAGAUUGAUCGUGUCGUACGAUUAAACUUCCCACAGCAUGCUUUGAUAGUGUUGGACGUAAUCUGUCAACCGUUUGUCAGCGGUGACGCUGGCUGCACUACACACGGAGACGUGAUUGUAUCGGGCUUGUGGUCCGUGCUUGCUCGCAAGGUUUUUCGGUGGCGAUAAUCUAAGAACACAUUUCACUCAACGUGCCCGCACACCAGUGUUUGAUUCAAUUUCACGCUUGAAGCGUCGCUAAGCCUGCAACAGACCCAGGGGGUUGAGAAUGAAUAACGAAGAGUUGGUGCUCAGCAAUGAGUCCGGAUUUCAAGGAGAUUGGAAAACCAUCUACCACCGGGACGCGCUGCUCUGGGCAUCGCACGAAUACGACACCGACUCCAUCAUGAAGCCGCUGGCGCAGAUGGUCAUUGGUCUCGCAAACCAAUUCCAUCUCUCACCAACGAUAGAGUUCACCACGAUCGAUACGUUGGAGCUGCUGCUGGUACGCGCCUUCCAGAGCUGGAUGCAAUCGCCCGUCACUUUCCCGGACACGGUCGAGCAGCAGAAAGACGCCUUUCUGCGGCAACUUCCGAUGUACGUGGUGGCAGUGUUUGACAUCGUCGCCAAGUACAGCAACCUCGGAUCAAAGCUGGACCUGGCGGCUAUGAAGCGAGCAGCCAAGGUGAGCGUUGCCAUCGAUACGAACAUGCUUACGGUGGAGUUCGAAGUUAUAAAGAUUUUGGACAGCGAGCUACGAUCGUCACUGUUGCUGGGUGCAUUCGAACGGUUCUCCAAGCAGUACCUGCUGCCGCUAAACAUUGAAAGCAAGGAAACGAUUGCGAGUAUUGGAGUUAGGCUGCUCCGGGUGGCCGUCGCUGAAAGAGCGCUCAUCUAUGACAGCCUGAAGACAUCCAUGAAGGAUAUGGAGUGUUUUCGCCGCUUCAAGUCCAACAAACUGAUACUGGCGGGCGCUAUCAUCCUCACCGUGCUGUACGUAAUACCAGCGGCGCGGCACAGCAGCGUGCUGCUCAACCAAGUCGCCGUACCGCUCGCUGACGACUGCUGCGUACAGUCCACGAAUCUGAUCUACCUGCGCGAUGCAAUAUUGCGUGUCAUUGGUGGCCACUGAGCAAAACCAUCGAGCAGCAAAGAGCCAUUCGCCCGGGAAGCCUUUUUCUCCGGAGUCGUUGGCCGCCGUACCGAUCGUGCCGCCGGCGCAGUUGGUUCGCAUUCGAUGUAAAUUAAAUCAGAUCAGACGAUGUAAAUAUUCAUAACAUAUUUGUGGCGUUGUGUUUGCUCGACUUUCCUGCAACAGCUGGCUCGCAUUGCGGAGAUCGUGCGAGCGAUGUAGAGAGGCCCUUUUGUGACAGGUGGUGCAUUGGAGUGAUGGCUAAAUCCAGACGGAUCUCCAACGUCAAAAACGAUUGAAUUGUCAGGUGUGGGAGAGCUCGUGUGUUCGACCUUACGAUGUUUUUUCGAUCUACCCUCCAAGCGCAUUUGACACCAGAAUCGAUAGUCUCGUUGUGUUUGUCCGUGCUCUCAUUGCAGUGCUCUGGCAGGUGUGCAUUUCCGCAUUUUUGACACCUACCAGAGGGGAGGCUAGAUAGAAAUAAGGUGGUAAUUACGGGGCGCUUGGUAAUGAUAUCCGGGAGCGCAUAAUUUACAGCAAGCUUGGCAAGCUUAGAGCAAUUUUACAUACAUUAAAUUGAAAGCCUUUUACGUUGCGGGCACUUCGUGACUCAUUUGGAACCACGGGAGAAGUAAAUAUAGCAUCUCAUUAGAGUGAUCUAUUUGGAUUAAUUAACCCGUUGGAAAGCUCUUGAUACACCCACUUGGCUUAGGGAGCGUGAUAAAUGAUUGUGUUCUAAAUUUGGACACUUCGCGCUGGUGAUCUAAGAGCCUUUCAGGAAGAACCAUUACGCCAGACGAAAUUGCGCAUUAUUUGUUUACACACCUUCGACCGCAGAAUUCUUGUUCCGAGCAACUUGUCGAACCACAAUUUACCUCAAGAACAACCUGCCGUCCAGUAUGCCCUGGCUGGCUGUUUAACGAAACACGCCCGCAACCACAAAGCGAUCCAGCGCAUGCGAUCAGUUUGGAAUUCAAUUUGUAAAAUUUGUUUCACGAUAGCCACCGCCAUCACCACCACCGUCACCCAGAGCCCGGCGGCGAACCGUUGAACCGUGUUGGUUGUGCGCGAUCAAUCAUCUAUCGAAUUCAUUCGCGUCAAAGACAAUUGCUGUAAUUUUCCUGACUUUGCACGGCAAGGUGGCUGGGGUAGGGCAAGACGCUCAUAGGGAUUGACUUUGUGUGAGGUCCCUUGUCCCUCGCAAAUGCAGGCUCCGGGAAGUUCCGUUGGCCGUGGCUUACUUUCGGUUUUCGCGUUAACACCCCCACAAAGGUGACAGUCCGCAAGAGUCAGCUGGUAUCCCGAGGGCCGUCCCUCAAAUCCGCGGAUAGCAUUCGCGUGUGUUUGUUUGGUCGUGUUUGCGGUGAGCUAAUCGCGACACCCGGCAUCAGCUGGGCGCAGAAAUCCGUUGCCACCCGGCCGUAAGGCAUAUGCAACACAUCACAUUCCGCCAGGCUGCGCCUCACGACGGAUGGGCGAAAGUGAGCGGCCGAUGAAGUUAUUACAGCGGCCGCAGCCGGGGAAUGGGGGCGCGGUGGUGUGGGUGGGCCUGACUAGUGGGAAAGGGGGGGGGGGGAGGACCGGGAGGAAAGGAAAUAUCAUUGAGCGAUUAUUGCCGCUCACGACUGAAGCAUUGGCCGGGGGGCGGGUAGUGUUUAACCGUCCUCCACCUAGCCCUCCCUCCCUGCCAUUCCGAUACACCGAUAAUGAUUAUUAAUAGGCGUGCGGGCAAUGUAACGGAUAUUGGUAACGUUCUAAUUCUAAAUUUUGCGUGAUUAUUACUCCAUCGAUGUUGACGCGUUCGGUUGUGGGCAGAGCGGCUGCAAAUUACCUCACACGGGUGUAGUUUACAUCAACAUGUAGCAGAGAUUUUUAUUCCGUGACAAUAUCUUGGCUUAACUAAUUGCCAAGCAUGUGCUUUAUUGAUCACGUUUACGGUUGAUGUAAAACAAAAAUGUUUACGCUCGAUCGGUUUGAACAAAGAGAAGUGCGAUCAAGAUCGCGCUAAUUAAUUCGCUAGCUUGGAAAAUACGACUUUCCCGACGUGCAUGCAAUGCAGUUGGAUUUGAAAUUGAUUCCAAAUUGAUUGGAUUCCUCUAAGGAAUUUGAUUUUAAAAAAAAUCCAAUUGGAAAUCGCGGUGAAAUCGAUGCGUUGAUUGGCAUUUCUUACGCCAUAAGUUGUAUGUUCCUUUUGACAUUCUUUCACAGAUAAUUCAUAAACUUUGGCCAUGUUUGUACAAAUCUUUUCCUAUGCUCUUCUUAAACGUUGCAUCAGCACUUUGCACCCACCAGGCAGGUUCUUGGUGGCUCCAUCGAGGUCCAUUACGAGAAGGCGUGGGUCACGGGAAGGUCACAAUAAUUCCCAUUCCCUUUUUUUUUUGCUUCGCGUUACCAUCGUCCUACCCCGAGCCCAACAAGAACCAAUAACCCACCACAAGCUUGUUCGUUCGAUUUUGCUUCCCUAUCGGCGUGGAACGAUCGGUGCAGUAAAGCACACGAGCGCAACCAGAACCGCAAUGGCGCAACGGUGAAGGAGUCGACAAACACCCAGCCACAUAACAGUGCACUUGCUGCGCACGGGAAAUUGCUUCACCAUUCUUGGCAGCUUUGGUCGGGAUUUUGUUUUUUUCGUGGUUUGCUCUCUUUCUCUUUCCCUAGGCAAUGCCUGAUGGGAGUUUCCUGGCGAGCGAUCGAGCGCGAUUCAAAUCUAUCGUGCGCUAAUGUUCGCAGAUUGCGAAGACACUCUCCUUGCGCAGAAAAUCCAGUAGCAACAGCGACCUACCGAUCAGCUCUGCUUCACCACACGCGAUCCAAACACACAAACGCACACGGUUGAUCGAGGGCACCAACCACCCAAUGCUAGCCUUAUUUAAACGAAAGCACCCCUGAAUGAUCGUUUUUGUUGUUGUUGUUGUUGUUGUUGUGCAUUGGCUGCGCACUACUUCGCUUUGUCCACUGGAUGACAAUGACGUUUUUGCACGGUUCCGCGGGUAAGUCUGGUAGCCAGUAGUGGCCUGUGCUACUAGUAGUACACCGGAGCAAAGGCACAUUAACGCAGCCCAUUAGCGUGGCACGAGCGUGUGGGGCUCCAACCAUACUAAGUGUACACUUUGUAAUCGGCCGAUUGCCGGAUCCGAUCGCGCGCUCGCUCAGCUUCCUUCUUGGCCGCAUCGUUCCGCUCGAAGCGAUUGUUUCCAUUUCCAUUUGUGGCGCCCGAACCGGCUCUCCUGCCGGGUUGGCCGAAGCGAGACAGAUAGACGGACAGGCAGCAAAAAAGCGUGCUCCUCUGGUACGGUGCGAGUGGCUGUGGCCUGCAAUAUCCCCAAGGUCCGAUGGGUCGAUGGGCUCGAUCCGGUGUGUGCCGUGGCGUUUUAUCAGUAGGCGCAGAUCUUGCUGACCCCGUCACAAAUUCCAACCGCUGAGCGCGGCGCGCACGGAAGGAGAGCACACACGACGCCGCCGUAGGUGUCCGCUGUACUUCGGCACUCGGAAAAAGGAAGCAGUGCUGGGGUAGCAACAGCUGGACGCAUCGAUGCACCGUCGAUCGGUACGUACGGGAGCAGAACAAGGUACGGCUGACGGUACGAAAUCAAUGGUGGCCAAAUGGUGCUCCCCCCGUCAUUGUCAUCGUGCGCUGUCACUGUCUUGUGAUGUGAUUCGCAAUCACCGCGGGGCGUAACAGGCGCGAAGUUCAGGGACACUGCCGCGAGGAAUGCUCGGCGAUUUGGGCCGCGCAGAUUUGUCAGGAAGUGUGUGUGGGGGGACACAACAAAAACAGGCACAGAUCGAACGCAGUUCCAUUCAAUUUGGGGUGGCCACACAUAGGUGCGGCAGCAUAAUUUAUACAUGGUUGUUAGUUGCGGCGGAUGCGGCCCGUUCGGGCCUGUUGAAAGGGUGUUGAAAUCCUUUCGAAUAAAUGUUUUGUUGUAUGGUUUUUGCGAUGUUUUUUUUCUGCGGAUUCCAAUCAGCAACGCCUGAGUUAGUAAUCGUUUUAUGGCGCUUUGGGUGUAGAGAACCAAUAAAACAGUAGGUGCGAAGUAGAAUGUUGAUUCCGUGUUUUUUUUUGCAAUUUUAUCCUAAAGGAAACUAUAAAACACACAACUUAAUUUGUGUUUUUUAAGAUUCACGAUAAGCUUUGCGAGAUAAUAAUAAAAUUUAAUUAAAUUGUA